AUGGCUUCGAAAGCAAAGAAGGAAGCUCCUGCCCCUCCCAAAGCCAAAGCCAAGGCCUUCAAAGCCAAGAGGGCUGUGCUGAAAGGCAUCCAUGGCCAUGCUGAAGAUCCUCAGGGCAUGUCACCCACCUUCCGGGCGGCCCAAGACCCUCGGAAGAGCGCGCCCUGGAGAAACAAGCUUGACCACUAUGCCAUCAUCAAAUUCCUCCUGACCACUGAGUCAGCCAUGAAGAAGAUAGACGACAACAACGCACUUGUGUUCAUUGUGGACGUCAAGGCCAACAAGCACCAGAUCACACAGGCUGUGAAGAAACUCUAUGACAUGGAUGUGGCCAAAGUCAACACCCUCAUAAGGCCUGACGCAGAGAAGAAGGCGUAUGUUCGGUUGGCUCCCGAUUAUGAUGCUCUGGCUGUUUUAACAAAAUUGGGAUCAUCACGCUCUUCCUCCGACAGCGACUCUUUGGGGCCGGGUCACCCUCCCCGCGCUCCCCGCAGCCCAGGCCGUCCCUGCGCGGACCUCACAGGCUCCCACGCCGGCGCCUGGCCGAGCUUCGAGCCUUCGUCCCUCGAGCCUGCUUCCAUGCGCGCAGGGAAGGCCGCGCCCCGGACGCGCGUGCAGGACAGGAGAGCGAGGGAAGUAGCGGGCGCCCGCGACAGCCGUCCCUGA